ACGCCAUGCACCUAUUUCAAACCAUAAUUGUCAGGUUGGCGAAACAAACAACAAAAGGACUUAAUUAUAAAUCAUUGCGGGAUAAAGUGCACAAUUUCAAUCAAUAUACGCAAUUCCGCCAUUUAUCUAUCGAGCUAAAAUGUUGGACAUGUAAGAGAAGUAUAAUGUCGUGUUCUUCGCGAAAACAUUGCAAUUACGAUUAACGAUUAUUUAUUAAUUGGGAGUAUUUGACGAUAAUGCAGCUGGUGUGAACUGUGAGUUUGGAAUCAGCGUUUGCAUAAAGCACUGGUCUUGAAGCAGUUGGGUAAGUUUCAGUACACUUUCAUAAUAAUUACAGACAAGUCACUGUUCACACAUAGGUAGAUAUUAUCUUCACCAAUGAUAUAAUGUCUGUGAUACCCAAGUAUCAGUUCAAAGCUGAUGAUAUUGUGAAACAAGGUCGAACAUCAAAAGAGAACAUCGAGGCAGUAAAAAAAUGGACGGCAGCUAAUCCUCGGAUGCCACCUGUGUCUGAAGAGCAGGUGGCGUUAUUUUUACUAGCAUGCAAAGACAACGUAGAAUUUACGGAAGAGACGAUGGAAACUUACUUCCGGCAAAGGUACUCCGCACCAGAGAUAUUCCAAGACAGAGACAUUGAUGGGAAAGAAGGACAAUUUACCCAUUCAGUAACAAAAUUAGCAGUAUUUCCAAAAAGAACGAAAGAGAACUACGCAAUCGCCAUGGCAGGCAUCAAAGAUACCUCGUACUACAAUUUCAACAUAGAAUCACAGGUCAAAGCAGCAUUCGCACUCAUCGACGUACUUCUAUAUUCUAAUCCACCUGACGGGCUUAUAUUCAUUAUAGACAUCAAAGGGGUGGGCAUCAUGCAUCUGACGAGACUGAAACUUGGAACCCUGAAGAAAUUUUUCGCCUACGUACAAGAAGCCUUGCCCACUCAACUGAAAAGAGUUCACAUCAUCAACGCAUCAUAUAUAUUCGAAAAAAUAUUAGCUAUUGCUAAACCGUUCAUGAAGAAGGAGCUAUUCGAACUAAUCAUUGCUCAUCCGCCGGGCAUGCCAUGGUCAGAAUUGCACGAGCAGUAUAUUCCAGCCAGCCUCUUGCCGUCCGAUCUUGGUGGAGAACUACCUAGUGUAGAACAAUUGCACGAAGGCCUUCAGCGAGAAAUGAAAAAACUUAAAGCAUUCCUUGAGGCGCACGAUAAGCAGGCGUUAAUGUAUAAGAAAUAAUUGUUUCUAGUCAUUUAAUAAAAGUUUUUAUACGAAAAUUUAAGAAAG